UGUAGACAUGAGGCAGCCCCUAGAUCACGGAAACCUUCAACAUCUAGGGAAACAGAUUCAGAGUUCUGUAUUACUCCGAUGAAUUCCGCUAAGUCAAGUCCAGCACGGCCCGGUUCGGCCAAACCUAGUCCGCUACGGCAGGGGUCCACUAAAUCGAGCCCAAGUCUCUCACAGAUUGAUACAUUGGGUCGACCUCUGGACUCUCUGGGCCGACCUCUCGACUCAUCCAGUUCCAGUUCUAGCGAUUCAAGCGAUUCUGAUUCAGACUUUGGAGAGGCAAAACGAUCUGGGGUUGAGAAUACCGGACUAAGUUUGAUGAGUCAGGAUUUCUCCUCUGAACCUGUUCUACCCAAGAGAGGAGGUGUUCUGCCCUCGGCUAGGCCUGAACCUAAACAUAGAAAAUCCGCAGCACAAGACUCUUCAUCAAAAUCAUCGCAUCCAUUCCAACCUAAGACGGAUAUCCUGGGCGACGAUCUUAGAUUAUCGGACUCUGAUAACUCGGACUAGAGGCUAAUUAUCGAUCAAUCAAGUUAUUUUAUUUUGUUAAUGUUCUAUUUGUUAUUUGUUAUUCAUGAAUUGUCAAGUAACCCUGAGUGUUAUUUCAGUG